CACCCAUCUGCCAUAAAUUGGUGCAGUGGCUGGCACUUUGAUGCCAAGAUCACCCGAACCUUUUGCACAAGUCAGUUCUUGUCUCACAACCUUAGCCUUUUGCGCAACAAAUUUGCAAUUUUCCAGAACACUACCCUUUGCACGACAACCCGCUCCUCCCACAUCAUACCCAGUCCAACAUGUCGGCGCAGGACGGAUCUUCCGCACGUUCUUCACGGUUGUCGAAACUCUUCUAUUCUGUCACCCAAGGCUACCGCCCCUUCAACAACGCGGGAGAUGCAAAGCUAUUCUUCGAGGCCAUCUGUGACCGGAAUGAUCAUGCAAAUUGCAUCGAAAGGCUGGUGGCUAGUCCCAAAGGCCUUGAAUGUCUUCGAUUUGGUGUCAGAUAUGACCUGUCCAAAGAUUUCAUCAACGGACCCUUGGCAAACCUACUCUGUUAUCUUUCGGAACCGGCCAUCAAGCAGCUCUGCAAUGGCGAGUUACUUCGACAAAUUUUGUCCGAGAUGGUUGGCCCACCGACCAUGUGGAACGCUAUUGUCCAAUUCCAUCGUAAAAAGGCUCUCGAACACAAAGCCGAUCGUGCAUUUGCGUGGCUUCUCCUGGAGCUUCUUAUGAUGGGAGAAAUAGGGCCUCACGAUACUGGAGAUAUAGCGCAAGAGAUCACCAACCAGCGGUCUUUCAUCGAUUCUUCUUCACAAGACAUCAGAACAAUUGGUCAUAGGAUCAAUCAUAUCCUUCUCACACAGUCAGCAAACGACAUUCACGACACAGAUUACAGCCCAGGUGGUAGACAUGACAACGACUACGCCGAUUUCCGGAAAAUUGCUAUCUAUCCUACCGAGGAUGAAUUAACUUCCACCGAAAAGCCAUUCUACCGCCGAGCGAAUGCGGUAGAUGAAAUAGACCUGGAACAUCGCGCAGCAGUACAUCUCGACAAUCAAUUUCGGUUGCUGAGAGAAGACAUGCUGGCAGAACUGCGUCACGAUCUUCAAGUUGCUGCUGAAAAGUCGGGUAAAAAUCGUAGAGCCAUCAGAAUGCGCGGUCUUUCCCUCGUAGGAGUCGAUUGUGGCGAGGACAAAAGACGUCUUCCGUUAUGCCUGUCAGUCACUUGCAAGUCUGGUCUGGAACGACUCACGAAAGUCCCUGUUUCCGGCCGCAAAGACUUUCUCAACGACAAAUACAACCGCAGCUUCCUCAAACAUGGAUCACUAGGAUGCUUGAUUCAAGGAGACCAUGUGACUUCAUUUGCUACCCUCCACCGGAAGCCGGAUAAGCUUAGUAUGGACCCACCGAUAGUGACAUUGCAGUUUCCUGAAGGGGCUGCCCUUGAAAAGGCUCUUCUCGCAUUCAAGACAUCGAAAGACUUGCAAUUCAUGCUGGUUGACACGGCGAUGUUUGCUUGUGAGCCUAUCUUGAAAUGCCUGCAAAGCAAGAAAGAGUUGCCUCUUGCCGAGGAACUUUUGGCUCCAGGAACUGAAGAAGCUCUUCGUAUUUCUCCUCUAAGGCCUGACGAAGUGAUUCAGAAAGUAGAGGAAAACGAAGGCCAUUGUCUCGAGGAGAUCUUGAAUAUUGGAAAGUCCAUCAAUCUGGACACUUCGCAGACUGAAUCGCUUUUGUCAGGACUGGCUCAAACUGUCAGCCUUAUUCAAGGCCCUCCAGGUACUGGCAAGUCGUUCAUAGGCGCUUUGCUUGCGAAGAGCUUGUACGACCAUACAAAACAAACAAUCCUUGUCAUUUGCUAUACCAACCACGCUCUAGAUCAGUUCUUGGAAGACCUUCUUGAUAUCGGCAUUCCAGAGCAUGAUAUGAUUCGUCUCGGUGCAAAGUCGAGCCAAAAAACCAAAUGCUUGAGUCUGUCAGAGAAAGCACGACAAAAGAGACGAUCUCAAGACACAUGGAGGCUCAUUGACAAGCUCAAGGAGGGGGCCCAGGAUAGCGAAGUUAAGCUGAAGAGCUCACUGAGUUCAUACCUCAACAAAGGUAUUGAGAAAAUGGCCAUCAUGGAAUACCUAGAGUUCUCUGAUGAUGAGUCACACUACUUUUACGCUUUCCUUGUCCCAGAGGCAGAGGACGGCAUGAAAAAAGUUGGUAAAGGAGGUAAGGCGAUUGAUCCUUACUAUCUCUAUGAUAGAUGGACUCAAGGACGAGAUGCCACUCCCUUCAAGGAGAGCGUGGAAAAGGAUCACCCUUAUGUCUGGCAAAUGGCCAAAUCAGCAAGGGCAGAGGCCGUUGCCAGAUGGAAACUCGCCCUUCUAAAGGAGGCUGUCGCUGAUAUCCAGGGAUCAACAUGUACCUACAACACCCAGCAACGGCUGUUGCAAGAUACCCUAAAUGGUAGGGACCUAGAGGCUAUCCGUGGACACAGGAUCGUAGCGUGCACGACCACCGGAGCUGCUAUGUACACUCAGCAGCUACAAGGAGCAUCACCAGGGGUUGUACUGGUGGAGGAAGCUGGCGAAAUUCUCGAGAGUCAUGUCCUAACCGCCUUGACAUCAAACACCAAACAGCUUAUCCUAAUAGGCGACCACCAACAGUUGCGUCCGAAAGUCAGUAACUAUGCUCUAACCGUGGAGAGAGGAGAUGGAUACGAUUUGAACAAGUCUCUUUUCGAACGGCUCAUACUGUCUGGGUUUCCGCAUACCACACUGAGGGAACAGCACCGCAUGCAUCCAGAAAUAUCAUCCCUCGUGAGGCGUCUUACGUACCCAGAACUCCUAGAUGCCCCAAGCACCAAGAAUCGACCACCGGUCCGUGGCUUGCAAAAUAGAGUCAUAUUCUUCAACCACCAACACCCUGAAGACGAGAUGAAAGGCGUGGCGGAUCGACGCGACCAAGGCUCAUCCGUCAGCAGAGAGAAUCUGUACGAAGUUGAGAUGGUUUGGAAGAUCGUCCGCUACCUGGGGCAACAGGGCUAUGGUACCGACAAACAGGUCGUACUCACUCCAUACCUUGGCCAACUACACCUCUUGCGAAAACGUCUUAGCGUUGAUAACGAUCCGGUGUUGAACGACUUGGAUUCUUACGACCUCGUCAAAGCGGGCCUUCUCUCGCCUGCCAGCGCCCAGCAAUCGAAGCGCCCAAUCAAGCUUUCUACUAUCGAUAACUACCAAGGAGAAGAGAGCGAAAUCAUCAUCGCAAGUCUUACUCGUAGCAACAGGAAUGGCGAUAUUGGGUUCAUGUCAUCCCCGGAAAGGCUCAACGUCCUGCUUUCAAGGGCACGGGAUGCACUUAUCUUGGUUGGAAAUGCAGAAACCUUCCUCGCUAGUCGGAAAGGUAAAGCAACUUGGAGCCCGUUCCUAAACCAUCUCAAUGAGAAUGGGCAUUUUUAUGAUGGGCUACCCGUCAAGUGCGAACAACAUCCAGACGUCAAGGCUAUCUUAAAGGACAAAGAUGAUUUCGACAAGCACUGUCCCGAGGGCGGAUGCAAUGCUCCUUGCGGAACAAAGCUCAGCUGCGGAAUCCAUGACUGCCCUUCUCGCUGUCAUCAACUUUCAGAUCACUCCAAGAUGGAAUGCAACCGGAUUGUAACUUCAACAUGUCCCCUCAACCACAACCAUUCUCGGAGAUGCCAUACAAAAGCUCCUGCCGUUUGCCCGACAUGUGAGGCUGAGGCGCGAAGGAAGCUCGAGAAAGCGGAGAGAGACCAUAAGUUGGAUGAACAACAGCAAAGGAAACAGCAAGAGUAUGCACGGCAGCUGUCGGAUGUAAAGGAUGAGAUUGCCCAUGAGCGGCGUAUACGAAAAGAUCGCCUGGAACAGGAGAACAGGGAAAACAUCCUCCGACAACACCGUGCAGACUUGGCGAACUUGAGAGCGGGAUCAAAUCAGCCACAGCCCAAGCCAGAACCCACUUAUCCCUCCAGUGCUUCCCCUCAAACUGCCAACAAGGAGAACAACAAUGCCCCUGUAUCUCCUAACAAAACCAACAAUUGCCCGAAAGGUGGCGAUGAGAAUGGCCAGAUCAAACAACAGAGCCAGCCUAUACAAUCAGAUGCAAAAGACGAAUGGGAGAAUCAAAAACAGUUCGAAGGAGCGCAGAAUGAUGCACUAGAUGAACUGAUGAAAAUGAUUGGGCUCGAAAGUGUCAAGGACAAAUUCCUCGCGAUCAAAGACAAGAUAGACACAGCUGUCCGUCAGAAUGUCGACAUGAAGACAGAAAGGCUUGGUGCCGCUCUUCUAGGAAAUCCUGGUACUGGAAAAACAACAGUGGCUCGUCUCUAUGCCAAGUUCCUCAGUUCAGUAGGCGCUCUUCCAGGCAGUUUCAUGGUCGAGACCACUGGCUCAAGAUUGGCGAAUGAGGGAAUCAGUGGAUGCAAGAAGCAUAUUGAGGACAUUCUUGAUAAUGACGGAGGAGUGCUCUUCAUCGACGAAGCUUACCAACUGGUAUCCCAAGGCAACUUUGGCGGCAGUCAAGUACUCGACUUCCUCCUUGCAGAAGUCGAGAACCUAACAGGCAAAGUGGUAUUUGUCCUCGCCGGUUACCAGAAGCAAAUGGAGGCUUUCUUCGCGCAUAACCCUGGCUUGCCGAGUCGCUUCCCGAACGAGAUGCAAUUCGCAGACUACAAUGACAAAGAGCUGCUCGAAAUUACAGUGUACGGAAUCAACAAGAAAUACCAAGGCCGGAUGAAGGUAGAAGAUGGGAUGAGGGGUCUCUACGCCCGUAUUUUCGCCCGUCGGGUCGGUCGUGGAAGAGGCCGAGAGGGUUUCGGCAACGCACGCGCGAUCGAAAAUGCACUGGCUAAAGUGACCGACCGACAAGCACGCCGGCUUCGGAAUCAGCGACGAGCAGGAACGCGCCCCGAUGACAUGAUUCUCGUCAGGGAAGACCUCAUUGGUCCAGAGCCUUCCGUUGCGCUUCAAGGCAAUGAGUCUUGGUCAAAACUUCAAACGAUGAUAGGCCUUGGAAGCGUCAAGCAAGCCAUAAAAGCAUUCUUUGAUACCAUUCAGUACAACUACCAACGGGAGUUAGCAGAAAAGCCUCUUAUAGAAUUCUCUCUGAAUCGUGUGUUUCUUGGUUCGCCCGGUACAGGAAAAACGACAGUGGCAAAGCUAUAUGGACAGAUCUUGGCGGACAUUGGAUUCCUCUCCAGCGGACAAGUGGUCGUCAAAAACCCCGCUGAUUUCGUGGGAAGCGCACUCGGGGAAUCAGAAAAACAAACAAAAGGGAUUCUAGCAUCUACUGUCGGCAAAGUCCUUGUCAUAGACGAAGCUUACGGGUUGUGCACGGACUCCAACGAUAUCUAUAAAACCGCAGUGGUUGAUACCCUAGUAGCAGAAGUUCAAAGCACGCCAGGAGAAGACCGCUGCGUGCUCCUGCUUGGGUACAAAGACGAGAUGGAGAAGAUGUUCAACAACUCUAAUCCCGGCCUUGCGAGAAGGUUCCCGAUCGACUCUGCUUUCGUGUUCGAGGACUUUACUGAUGAUGAGAUACGACGCGUCUUCGAGAUGAAACUGAAGCAGCAAGGCUUCCAAGUAACCGACCAGGGAAAAAACAUUGCUCUAGGCAUGCUCAGCCGAGCCCGGAACAGGCCAAAUUUCGGAAAUGCUGGCGAAGUUGAUAUCCUCCUGAACAAAGCCAAGCUCCGCCAUCAGCAGCGCCUCUCGCGCGGAGGUCCAGCAGUAAAAGUGUCUGCAAGCUUCGAGGCAACCGACUUCGACGAAGAUUUUGACAGAACCAGUCGGGCUGCCACAAAUAUCAAUAAGCUGUUCGAAGGUGUCAUAGGAUGCGAGGAGAUUAUCGCUCAAUUACAGGGCUACCAAGCAAUAGUGGCCAACAUGAGAGCUCGGGACAUGGAUCCUCGAGAGCAGAUUCCGUUUGCGUUUCUGUUCCGUGGCCCCCCAGGCACGGGAAAGACAACUACCGCAAGAAGAAUGGGCAAAGUUUACUAUGACAUGGGCUUCCUAUCCAAUGCUGAGGUAAUCGAGUGUUCUGCCACAGAGCUUGUCGGCGAAUACAUUGGACAUACCGGACCAAAGACACAAAAACUCUUAGAGAAAGCUCUAGGAAAAGUCCUUUUCAUCGACGAAGCAUACCGUCUGGCAGAAGGCCAAUUUGCCAAGGAGGCCAUGGAUGAGAUCGUCGACUGCCUCACAAAGACGAAGUUUGCACAGAAGCUGGUGGUCAUCCUGGCGGGUUAUGAUGCCGAUAUCAACCGCCUCAUGUCCAUCAACCCUGGAUUAACAAGCCGUUUCCCUGAAACGGUCGUUUUCAGGUCAAUGACUCCUGAAGAGUGCCUCAAGCUUUUCACACAGUUGCUCAAGCGCCGUCUCGACGUCACAGUUCUCGAACAACCGCCAAAUGAUCUCCAAAAAUCUGUCCUGGCAGCAUUCAGCCAUCUUUCACAGCUGGCCAACUGGGCCAAUGCUCGCGACGUACAGACACUAACCAAAGCUGUAUUCGGCAAAACCAUCAGCGCCGCCUCAGAUCCGAAAAAGAAGUUGGUGGUCGAUGAGAAUGCCAUCAUCGAACAGCUUCAAAAAAUGAUCGACGAACGAUCGCAUAGAGAGCGCAAUGCUGCUGCUGGACCGUCAUUUCCAAGCCUACCUCAGGCACCCUUGUCAGCGCCGAACAAGCAACUGCAGCUACGGACUAAGCAGGAUACUAACGUUUCUUCUGGCGACGCAAACUUGAAUGCUGAAGCUCCCAACGGGCAUGAUUGCGAGCCGCAACAACCUCCAGUGAAACCGAAACAGACUACCGCUCAGCCGCAAGAGCCUUCGACAGCCAGAGACCAAGGUGUCAGCGAUGCGGUUUGGGAGCAGCUGCAAAGAGACAAAGAAGCAGCACAAGCCCGAGAGAGAGAAUACGCAAAGAUGCUCGAAGAGGAAAAGAGGCUUCAGAAGAGUGUUGCAGACGCGAAGGCCGAAGAGGAAGCCGCAACAGCCGAGUACGUCCGAGAAAUCGAAGAAAUGGUCCAGCUCCAGAGAGCGAAAGAGGCAGCAGAGCAAGAAGCCAUCAGAAAGGCAAUCGAAGAGGCUAAACGCCGCCGCGAAGAAGAGCGACUGAAGAGGGAAGCUGAGCGACGUGCCUAUGAAGCCAUGUUGGCUGAAGUUGCAAGAAAGAAAAAAGCGGAGGAGGAGCAGAGAAAGAAGGAGGCAGAGGUGCAGAAGAAAUUACAGGACAUCGGCGUGUGUGUAAUGGGCUUCAGGUGGAUCAAGCAAAGUGGUGGAUACAGAUGCGCGGGGGGGUCUCACUUUGUGUCUGAUGCGCAGCUUGGUAUGUAAUGACCAUCAUGACUUGGUGUGAUGGAGUUUUCUGGAGUCAAGUUAGUAGGCCAGGCCCGAUUGAACUAAUCGUGGCCGGUAUAAGACUGCAAGAGCAGCUUCAGUCUUCAGAGAUAGCCAAAGAAUCUAUUUCCUGAUGGUCUC